CACCUCCGGGCAUCGCGCAUGCGUCAGAAGGGCUGCCUGCCAGAGCCGGGAAAUUUAAAAACCGUUUGUGUAGAUUCAAAAAUUCAAACAGGAGAUCGGAGCAAUAGGAAAAUCUCAUCAGUGGCUGGAAGGAGAUGAUAGAAAACGAGAUCAGAUCGGAAAUGUCAGGGAUUCUAAGGACAUCAGAGCACAAUCCUCACCAUCCAGCCCAGGAGUACAGACCCGGCCUCCUGACCCCUGACCCAUCUCAGCUGAGCGAGGAUGACCUCCCAAGUGACCUGCAGUCCCUGUCCUGGCUGACAUCUGUUGAUGUGCCCCGCUUACAGCAGAUGGCCACAGGUAGAAUGGAUUUUAACCUGAACACCCAGAAUCCGACACUGACAACACAAACAGGCCUAGUGCUCCAUGACAUGUCCAACAACCUGACUCCAACUUCAGUGCAAGGGGCCAUGAUCCAGGUACAAGCAUCCAUGCAGCAUGGCAUUAUGGGAAUGAACGCCAUGGCAACUCAUGGACAAAGUAUGUCCCAGUACUCUGUGGCAGGGCAGCAUCCAUCCACGUUUCAGACACAGCAGACCCUCUAUCAAACCAACUCUCAGCAACUGUACAGCCUUUCACAAUCUGGUCAGCAGUGCUCUUCUGGCAAUAUCUACAACUCUGUUUACCAUGCACAGACUCAGUACGUGCAGCCCCGACUUGCUCCACAUAAUGACCAAGAUCUCCAACCCAAAACCUAUCCCAAACCCAUCUACUCAUACAGCUGCCUGAUUGCCAUGGCAUUGAAGAACAGCAAAACAGGUAGUCUCCCGGUCAGUGAGAUCUAUAGCUUCAUGAAGGAACACUUCCCCUACUUCAAGACUGCUCCAGAUGGCUGGAAGAAUUCUGUCAGACAUAAUCUGUCCCUGAACAAGUGCUUUGAGAAGGUAGAGAACAAACUGAGUGGCUCGUCACGUAAAGGAUGUCUUUGGGCCCUUAAUCCAGCAAAGAUAGAAAAAAUGGAGGAGGAGAUGCAGAAAUGGAAGCGGAAAGAUCUUGCAGCGAUUCGAAGGAGCAUGGCCAACCCAGAUGAGCUGGACAAAUUGAUAUCCGAUCGGCCUGAAAACUGCAGAAGGCCAUCAAAGUAUUCCGAGAGAACGAUCCACAUGACAACACAGGUGCCAUCCACACAGGGAAGCAUCACAGUGCCACACCUUCCCCACCAGUCCAUUAACACCCUCUCCCUGCACUCCCUGCCGUUGCACCACCAGAUCCCGCAGCAACAGACAAGGAUUACCCCUGACUCACCAGCACCAGCUCAGACCCCUCCUCUCCAUGCCAUACCAGAUCUGAGCCACAGCCCUGUGCAGCACCAGGGAGACAGCAGGGUCACUUCUGACCUAUUCUGCAUGACCACGGAUAUGAGCACAGAUGUCGACGCCUUGGACCCGACCAUCAUGGACUUUGCUUUGCACGGAAACCUAUGGGAAGAAAUGAAAGAUGAGAGUUUUAACCUGGACACACUUGGCACAUUUAGUACAUCCCCACUCCGUCUGUCAGACUCUCCCCUAGGAACGGUGAGCCUCACUCCUGUGUCUGGUGGGAGUGAGAAUUCUUUCUCUGACCUGCAGCUGACUGGUCUCUAUACGACUUAUGCCAGCUUGGAAACCGUGCCAACUCAGUACCUGAAUUCACAAGGCAACAAACCAAUAGCGUUGCAAUGAAGAAGAGCUGUUCCUAACUGCCAGGAAUUAUUGAUAACAUGCAGCUUUGAACGAAGUUGUACAGUCAACAGAUAUUUAUCAGAAAGAGUUCCCAUGCCCAUCUUUGAGAAUUAGGCAUGCAUAACAUUGUAGUUUUCAAUGGUUUGGCUAUCUUAUUUCGACUUCUGAAACAACAUUGUAUGGAACGUGCAAGAUCUAGGAACUUAAAUGCAGCACUGAGCAUGAAAAUGACAUUACUUGCAACGGAUGCACCUGGAGAGAUCCAGACCAUUCUCAUUGAGUAAAGGAGAAAUAUUUGUGAAAAAAUAUAUUGAUUAGCUGAAAUAUAAUAGCACUGAUAUGAGAUGGAAAAACA